CUGGUUCUGCGCCGGAUCCGGGAGUCGGGCGGACGCCAUUGUGAUUCGGGGCCGACUCUUCUGCCUCUGUUAGAGGCCUCGAACUCCGAGGAGGAAGGCGGCGGUGUGAUCGCUGGAAGCGGGACGGGCCCUGUUCAGUGCCAGCUCUGGAGCAGGGGAAACAUUAAGAAUGGAGUCUAAACCUUCAAGGAUUCCAAGAAGAAUUUCUGUUCAGCCCUCUAGCUCUUUAAGUGCUAGGAUGAUGUCUGGAAGCAGAGGAAGUAGUUUAAAUGAUACCUAUCACUCAAGGGACUCUUCGUUUAGACUGGAUUCUGAAUAUCAGUCUACAUCAGCAUCAGCAUCUGCAUUACCAUUUCAGUCUACAUGGUAUAGUGAGUCUGAGAUAACUCAGGGAGCACGUUCAAGAUCGCAAAACCAGCAACGGGAUCAUGAUUCAAAAAGACCUAAACUUUCCUGUACAAACUGUACAUCUACCUCAGCUGGGAGAAGUGUUGGACAUGGUUUAAAUGCAGUAUCAGAUUCUUCUUGGAGGCAUAGUCAAGUUCCCAGAUCGUCAUCAGUGGUACUUGGAUCAUUUGGAACUGACUUAAUGAGAGAGAGGAGAGCAGAUUCCUCCAUUAGUAAUCUUAUGGAUUAUAGUCACCGAAGUGGUGAUUUCACAACUUCAUCAUAUGUUCAAGACAGAGUUCCUUCUUCAUAUUCACAAGGAGCAAGACCAAAAGAGAACUCUUUGAGCACUUUACAAUUGAAUACAUCAUCUACAAAUCACCAGAUGCCUUCUGAACAUCAGACCAUACCAUGUUCUAGGGACUCUGGUAGAAAUUCUUUAAGAUCAAAUUUUUCUCCAAGAGAAUUAGAAUCUCCCCAAAGCAGUAUACAGCCUGGAUUUUCUUAUAUUUCAAAUAGAGGUGAAACCUCAACUAUAGGCAGUUCAAAUAGGGUUGGCUCAUCUCAAAGAUCAUUUCAAGAAUCUUCUGACAAUGAAGGUAGGCGUACAACAAGGAGAUUGCUGUCACGUAUAGCUUCUAGUAUGUCAUCUACUUUUUUUUCACGAAGGUCUAGUCAAGAUUCCUUGAAUACAAGAUCAUUGAGUUCUGAGAAUUCUUACAUUUCUCCAAGAAUCUUGACAGCUUCACAGUCUCGUAAUGCAGCAUCAGCUUCUGAUGGUCCUGAUAACAGGGCAUCCGAAGCUUCUCAGGGAUUUCGAUUUCUUCGGCGAAGAUGGGGUUUGUCAUCUCUUAGCCAAAAUCAUAGCUCUGAGCCAGAUUCCCAAAAUUUUAACCAAGAAUCUGAAGGUAGAAAUACAGGACCAUGGUUAUCUUCCUCACUUAGAAAUAGAUGCACACCUUUGUUCUCUAGAAGGAGGCGAGAGGGACGAGAUGAAUCUUCAAGGAUAUCUACCUCUGAUAUACCAUCUAGAUCUCAUCAUAUUUUUAGAAGAGAAUCAAAUGAAGUGGUUCACCUUGAAGCACAGAGUGAUCCCCUUGGGGCUACUGCCAGCAGACCACAAGCAUCUGCAGCACCAAGCAGUGCUGCUACGGGUGGCUCCAUAUCGGAUUCGGCUCACGGUGGACGAAGUACAGGAAUAACAGGGAUCCUUCCUGGUUCCUUAUUCCGAUUUGCAGUGCCCCCGGCACUUGGAAGUAAUUUGACCGACAAUGUCAUGAUCACUGUAGAUAUUAUUCCUUCAGGUUGGAGUUCAUCUGAUGGAAAAAAUGAUAAAACUAAAAAUGUACCCUCAAGAGACCCAGAAAGACUGCAAAAAAUAAAAGAGAGCCUCCUUUUAGAGGACUCUGAAGAAGAAGAAGGUGAUUUAUGUAGAAUUUGUCAGAUGGCAGCUGCAUCAUCCUCUAACUUGCUGAUAGAGCCAUGCAAGUGCACAGGAAGUUUGCAAUAUGUCCACCAAGAGUGUAUGAAAAAAUGGUUACAGGCCAAAAUUAACUCUGGUUCUUCGCUAGAGGCUGUAACCACCUGUGAACUCUGUAAAGAGAAGUUGCAGCUUAACCUGGAGGAUUUUGAUAUUCAUGAACUACAUAGAGCUCAUGCAAAUGAACAAGCUGAGUAUGAGUUUAUCAGCUCUGGUCUCUACCUAGUUGUGUUACUGCACUUGUGCGAACAAAGCUUUUCUGAUAUGAUGGGAAAUACGAAUGAACCAAGCACACGUGUCCGAUUUAUUAACCUUGCAAGAACUCUUCAGGCACAUAUGGAAGAUCUCGAAAGUCCUCAUGGACCUUUAAUAGGCAGCCAGCUCCGCCAGCAGCUCCAAUCUCUUAAGAUCACGUUCCAGCUUUAGGACUUCUGCCUGGGCUCCUAUGUGAAGGCACUUAAUGCCCAAAUCUUUACAGGCAUCUGCACAGCUUACCCUCUUCUCAAAGUCCUACAACCUCCAGGGUGCUUCAUACCAGGUGGGCACAGAUAUUGGUGGCUCUGGAACAGUUCCUGGGAAUCCAAGAUUACCCUAUUGUGCUUUUUCACCCAAAGCAACUGGCAUCCCAUGAUCAGAUUCCAGUACACUCUUUGAAGUGUUUUUAUAUAUGUAUUCUCCAAUUGAUUAUCUUCUAUACUCAUCUUCAAAAUACUUGGACUGUUAACCUGUAGUGUGCAUAAUAUUUUUACCUCUAGAGAAAGCUUAGCAUCCUUUGAAGUAAGGUUUUUUUAAGUUUUAAAAGGAUUAGAGGUACAACUAGGUAAUGCAUUUUCACAAUUUUAGUUAGUAUGUGUGGAAAUGGUAUAUAAAGGAAUCAAAUGGUAUAAUAAAGUGGGAAUUCAUUAGUGUAAAUCUUUUUUUCCUUCAUUCCUUCUUAGUUCAGAUCCAUCAUGUUAGCUAGUACAAAGAUUAGUUCUGUCUUUUGUAAAUUAUAAUUGAUACUUUGUCAAAUGUGAUGAGAGUAAUUUGUUGCAGUGUAUAUUUUCCCCAGAUGGCUUGGUUUUUUUCAACUAACAUUCUCAUUUAGAAUUUAGUUUUCUAAACAUAUAGGAGGGUCUACCUGUGAAUGAGAGGAAAAAGGUGAAGUUGAAAUAUAUACCCAGACUCAACUGAGAGUGAAAGAUGUGGGUGCUACAAGUUAACUUCUAAGUACUAGAGUAUUAAUACAUUCUGAAAAUUGGUUCUGACUGAAUUUUGUUCUGUAGAGUUAAUCCAAUAGAAAACAUGAGAAAUUCUCUGAAAAGCUAUUUUAUUUUUUAGUUUAACAUUUCUCCAUGAUAUUGCAUAAAAGUUAAGCAUAGGAUUUACUCUUCAUGAGCUAAGUAUAUGCUUGAUAUUUAUUUAAAGUGGAUUUUAAAUUUCUGCAAGGUAAAUAUAUGGAGAUUGAAGUUUCAUCUAUACGUGUUGCAUAAUUUUUUCUUGUUGAUUCCAUUUGCUGGUUGCCCUUAAAUUGUCCAGUAUUAAAUACAAGAAGAGUGUACAUUUAACCUUUCUGCCCUUGAUAAUAGGGGAAAUGCCAGUAGGAUGUUUAGUGAACUUCCGUUUUCCUUCACAUGCAGACAGUUACAUAGUCUUGUACUUACUGUGUCCUUCUUAAAGACGUUCGUGGAAGUUUUAUAUUAAACUCUUGAGCCACUAAUGACUUUAAAAUAAAUUGAGGUCGGACAUGUUGCAAGAGUGAUAAAUUUCUGACAAUGUGGAGGCAUAGGAAUAAUCUCAACAAAAGGUUUUUACUAAAUCCAAUUAUAUUAACUUAGGCUGUGUCUAUAUAAAGCUUUUUUGACUAACUAGAGCUUUUUCUUGGCAUUGUAUAGACAUAGCUCUGAUGUAAAUUUCAAGAACACCCAUAACCUGUUAUUCUAUGUACAUUUUUUUCAUUCUCAUCGGAUACAUCAAACAUGCAGCGGUAAUAAGCCAGAUUCUACUCAGGUGUGUGAGAGCACUUGCCUUAAGUUUACUCUUUCUUUCUCUAGUGUAUUUCUCAUUAGCUACUAUGAACACAAAUUGAUCUCAGAAACUUUUUAGAUGUUCUUGGAUCACAUUUUUAAACAUUUUCAUUUUAAUAAAAACUAACAGAAGAAAAAAGUGUGGGGGUGGGAGCGUUGUAGACGGGCCUCACCCACAGUCAGACCGCCCUAACCCUGGCAUAUACUACAUUGGGGUUUUUAUCGUACACGUCAUUGCUGUUCUGGCUUCAUACUUACACUUCCAUUCUCAUCCCCCUUAAAAUCAUUCUUGAUCAUCCUGUUUUCUUUCAACAGCUUCAGAGGAUGAUUCUGAAGAAGAUGGAGACCAUAACAGAACAUUUGAUAUUGCCUAACUUCACAUGAGACAAAUGGAUGAUCUGUGAACAGUGUUUAUUAAAACUGGCAAUUAAGUAUGAAUUAAUUUUCUGGGGAAAUACCUAUUGAAUACAUUUACUGUCUAUAUAUAUAUAGAAUGAAAAAAUAUAUAUAUAUACACACACAUAUUAUGCAUGUAUAUAUAUGUUCAUUCUCAAGUGUUGCUGAAUUAAAAUUCUGCUGGGCCUUUUAACAUGGCCAGUGAAUCUGAUGUUUAUAAACUGGUAAUUAAAAGUAUUUUUCUUUUAGAUGAGUGGGGAAAGUGUUACCCUUGUUUUAAAUAUCUAAGCAAUGCUGACAGCCCUUUUUUGUGUUGUGAUUACUGUAGUUAUAUUUAUGAAAAAAGGUUGGUGUUUUAGUCUCGUUAGUGAAAAAAGUGGGACAAAGUAUGCUUUUAGAAUAAAUUGCCAAAUGGCACCUAAUUAUUUUUCUUUUUAAAAUGCCUUAAGUUGCGGUCUCAUUUUCAUAAUCACUUGCUUCCAGUGUUUAAAAAAAAAAAAAGAAUGGGGAGAAAGUUAAGAAGAGCAUUCAUUAUAUUAGGUUUCCAAAUUUAAUUUGAAUUCUAAAUUCACUUAGCAAUGGUCUAAUUUUUAAAAUAUAUAAAGUGUACAAAUGGAUAAAUUUUUGUAUUGAUGUGCAAAAUGCAGAUUAUAUUUGAUAGGCCAUAGUAUGUAGAUAUUCCUUUUAGGAAUAUUACAGCUGUAAAUUAUAUCAGAAUUGCCAGUCAGAUGCUAUUUGGUUAAAAAUAUUAUUGCAGUCUCAAGUUAAAUAUUUUUAAAUCCCACAUUCAGAAUUUAAAACACUGGUUUUCAAUGUGUUUUUUAGUGUUGUCACUUCUUUAUAGAUAAAUAUGAUAUAAAUAACCUGUUUGGAUCCUGGUCGUUUUUAACUGUUCCUUGGUAAUUCUAAGCAUUUAUUUGAUGACUUAAUAUUUUUCACUACCUUUAGAGAAGAGAUGAACAUUGGUCCUGAGUUGUGUAUAUGUCCAUAACACUGUAUAUUUUCUCUGUCAACACCCUUAGGAUACACUUAAAAACGCCUGCAGGUGGGUUUCAGGUUAAAUAGUCUUUUGUCCAGCUACUUUUUCAGAACCCAAAUAGAAACCAUGUAAUUUCUCACAUGUGAAUCAACAGUUUGCCCACAUUCAGUCAGAUUGUUGGUCUUAAUGUAAAACUUCGGCUUGAAAUAAAGUGCAUACUGAUCGAUUUA